AUGACAUCCAUAGAUGAUGAAAAACUGGGGUCAGAGGCUUGUGUGGAGCCGAUUGAGUCCCAAAAACCAGUGCUAGAGAAUAUUGAUGAUGAUCCAGUCUACUCACGGAAGGAGCAGCAAGACAUCAUUCGUCGCGUGGACUUUCGGCUAGUCGUGAUGCUGGGGGCUCUGCAUUGUGUUUGUUUAAUCGAUCGUGGGAAUAUUGGAGCAGCCAAGUUGGCGGGCAUGUCUACCGAGCUGAAUUUGAUUGGAAAUCGAUACAGCGUGAUUGCUGUGUCGUUUUUUCCUCCUUAUAUUUGUUUGCAGGCAUUAGGUCCUAUACUGAUCCGUAAGAUUGGACCUGUGAACUAUCUCUCCUUUGUCUGUUUGAUCUGGGGUGCGGUCAUGCUGUCAGCUGGGUUUGUUAAGACGUGGUCACAAAUGGUUGGUAUACGAAUCAUUAUUGGCUCCCUUGAAGCGGGAUUCUUCCCAGCGUCAGUCUAUUUGAUCUCUACCUGGUACACACGGUAUGAAAUACACAAGAGAUAUGCCAUAUUCUAUUUUCUGGGAUGCGUAGCAUCUGCGUGUACGGGUAUCCUGUCCUACGGUAUUACAUUUAUGAAUGGACUAGGAGGUCUUACAGCCUGGCGGUGGAUCUUUAUCAUCCAAGGACUUCUCACCUGUGUUAUAGCAGCAAUUGGUUGGUUUGUUCUUAUCGACUUCCCGGAUCGAAUGAAGGCGAGCAAGCGGAAAUUCCUGUCAGAUAGCGAAUACGACUUUAUCAUGCGACGAAUCAGCAAGGAUCGGGCUGAUACUGUCCUCGAGCCUUUCAACCUGAAGAAAUAUUUGGCAGCUGGUCUAGAUAUCAACAUUUGGGCUUUUGGCUUUAUCUAUUUUUCUUCAACCACGACAGCUUACGCUAUUUCGUAUUUCUUGCCUACCAUCUAUCAGGACGGGAUGGGGUUCUCUCAGGGCGUUUCACUGUGUCUAUUUGCGCCGCCCUUCGCCGCUGCGGGUAUUCUCAUGUAUGCGACCUCAUGGGCUGGGGACCGGUAUCAUAUUCGAGGCCCCAUUUUGAUCUUUAAUGCUCUUGUCACCAUCAUUGGUCUUCCUCUAUUGGGAUUCACGGAAGGAAAUGCCUCUCGCAUGGUGGGAGCAUUUCUCACCACCAUGGGCUGCAAUUCAAAUAUCCCCGCUGCGAUGGCAUACCAGGCAAACAAUAUUCGUGGUCAAUGGAAGCGAGCUUUUGCCAGUGCUAUUUUUGUUGGGCUCGGGGCUUCUGGAGGCAUGACUGGAUCAUUAGUCUUCAGAUCACAGGACGCUCCAAAUUACCACCUUGGAAUUCUGACUUGUCUUGGAUUGUCGUGCCUGAUUAUUGUGUUAGUCAUUCUUCUUUCCAUUCGCUUCUACUAUUCAAACAGAAAGGUGGAUCGGGGUCAGUUGGUCAUUGGGAAAUUGCCCGGCUUUAAAUACACAUUUUAG